AUGGCGGCCUCCGAGACGGUUCGCCUGCGGCUCCACUUCGACUACCCGCCGCCUUCCUCUCCGCGCUGUUCGGUCUUCUGGCUCCUGGCUGACCUGACCAAAUGCCGAGUGGUCACUGACCUGGCCAGCCUCAUCCGCCACCGCUUCGGUUUCAGCUCUGGGGCGGCGUUGGCACUCUACCUGGAGGGGGGGUUACUCCCCCCAACCGAGAGCGCGCGCCUCGUGCGUGACAACGACUGCCUCAGAGUUAAAUUAGAAGAUGUUGAAGUUGUCGAGAACUCUGUAGUAGUCAGCAAUGGACUUGGUUAUUCACAUAAAAAGACACGGAAGAGGAGAACCACCUGGGAGGAAGAAGAGUCUGAUGCAGAAAAUAAUCAGUACACAGAGAAGCAUUGGAAACGGGGAGAGAUCAGUGAAACCUCCUCUUCCCUGGAACAAGAUCAAGGCACAAGGAAGAAAAACAAGAAGAGAAAAAGGAAUGAGGGAGGAAGUGAAAAUAGUGGAAAAUGGACCCCCAAAAAAUCAGGGAAAGAGAAGGAAGGGAAAGCUGAAAAUAAGAAGCAGAAAAAAUCUCCAAAACCUUCUAAAGCAAAGAAAUUGCCAGAACGGACCAAAAAGAGCCAUAGUGUUCAGAAGAGUGCUUCCAGUCAAAGUAAUGCAGCUGAAAUCAAGAGGAAAAAGGAUAUUGGCUUGUCUGCUAAAGCUAACCCUGAUACCUCAUCAGAUUCUGAUUCUUCUGCCACAUCAUCAGAUGAUAGUCACACUAAGAUGAGUCUUGGUGGCAAGAAAUUAGUAGAAAAGCCGUCAUUUAUCACAUCAAAGCCAACUGGUUCCCACCCAACUGCAGACAGACUUGUCAGCAUUGGCAGUAAUGCACCCUCUGUCAAGGGCAAAGGAACUCAAGAAUCAUCCUCUAGUUUGGAUUCCAGUUCCAGUACAGAUGACCAGGGAAGGAUGCCAAAGAGAGCACCAGCAUUGGCUCCUCCACCAACUGGAACAACAGUAUCUCCAGGAUCUUCACAGGCAAAUGGUCCAGAUACAGACAAUCACUUAGGAACAAGACAGGAGAUGCGAUACUCUCAUCUCUGGGAUAAGCCAAUAUUGGGGAAUAGUGGGAAACAGCUGACACCUCUGGCUCCAGAAGCAGCUCCUCACCCCAGCAGUUUUGGAAGGGGGAGGGGAAGAGGGGAAGACAUUUUCCCCUGGAGGGGACCUAGGGGACGAGGUUUUCGUGGAAUCAGAGGACGAGGGAGAGGGGGAAACAUUAAUUAUGUGUUUAAUGGUGAAUCCCAGAAACAGCAGCAAUUAACUGAAGUAGUAAAAAACACUUCCAUUAUUAUCCAGAAUCCAGCGGAGACGCCUCAGAAGGACUACAGUCUACUUCCUCAAUUAGCAGCACCCCCUCGGGUAGGGGAAAAGAUUGCAUUCAAGCUUUUGGAAUUGACAGCAGAUUAUUCUCCUGAUGUCUCUAGUUACAAGACUUCUACUGGCAGAUUACAUAUUACAAUUCAGCAAGACUUUGAUUUAACCAGAAUGAUCAAGAAACAAUACGAGGGGAGAAUAAUAAACUACAAUUCCGAUGCUCAGGAAGUGGACAUAGAAAUUCUUUCAUCUUUACCAGUGGUGAAGGAGCCUGGGAAGUUUGACCUGGUGUACCAGAAUGAAAAUGGAACAGAAGUGGUGGAGUAUGCAGUGUCACAGGAUAAAAGGAUAACUAUUUGUUGGAAAGAACUGAUUGAACCCAGACUGAUUAUUGAGCCUCAUGCUGACCCUCCAAGUACAGAACAGGCCUGACCUUUAUCAUUCCACCCAAUGUAUAUAUUGUCAGAUAAGGACUAAACAAAACAUAUGGGUUCAAAUAGUUUAUAAUUUUUGUUUGUUUAUUUUAUGACUUGUGAAAGUGACUAUAGUUUGGACCUUUUCUAAAUAAAGUAUUUCAGCAUCAUAAAGUAAA